AUGUUGAUCCUUAUCAAAUCACCAACAAUCACAUUCAGUUUGGAUGUUCAACCAACAGAUGAUGUCCAGGUACUCUAUAAUAAGGUUGCCGAGAGGACAGAGUAUAAGAUCUUCCAAUUCGAUCUAUUGUACGCUGGUGAGAAGAUUGAGAUUGGAAACCCUGUCUCUGGCACUGGUAUCAAGAAGGAGACCACCGUCCACAUGUUGGUAAUCAAAGAGUUAAAGUUUGUAGUACUCUACAAGAACAUGGAACAUCCAGUAUCUGUUCCAAACAAUGAUGGCCUCACUAUUGCUACUCUCAUGGCGCAAAUCAAGAAUAUGUUGACAACUAGUAUUCCAGAGUUGGCAACUCAUGAUAUUGUGUUGAAGAAGGCUGGUAGUCCAACUGCUUUGGUCAAGCAUUCAUCACUUCAUACCACUUUGGCAAACAUGGAGGUGUUGGAGAUGGAGUUGACUGAGCGUCCAAAGGUAGAGACAUACAAUGCACCAGCUGCUGCUGAUGAGCAAUUCGAUCAGGAUGCAUUGUUGAGCAGUUUUGUCGAGUCGUCCAUAUCAUCAGAUGUCGAGAUCGUCUUUUGUUUCGAUACCACUGGCUCAAUGUCAUCGAUCAUCCAGAACGUCAGAUCACAGGUCGAGAAGACUGUCAGUCGUCUGAUGAAGGACAUCCCCAACAUCCGUAUUGGUAUCAUGGGUUUGGGUGACUAUUGUGAUGCCUCCAAGGUGUUGACCACAUUGGACCUUUCACAGAACUUGGACGAGUUGGUACAGUUCAUCAAGAAUGUCCCGGGCACUGGCGGUGGUGACGCCCCAGAGGCAUAUGAAUGGGCACUCAAGAAGGCCAAGGAGCUCACCUGGUCAACACACACAUCCAAGGCAUUCGUUAUGAUUGGUGAUGCCAAUCCACACGAGCCAUCACACACUAACUUGUCCAUCAACUGGUUGGAGGAAUGUGAUGAACUGUUUGACAUGGGAGUCAAGAUAUAUGGUGUCAAGGCAUUGGGAAACUCACCAUUCUAUGAGGAGAUUGCAAAGAGAACUGGAGGUGUAUGCAUCAACUUUAAGAACUUCUCAUUCAUCACUGAGAUGUUCUUGGCCAUUUGUUACCGUGAGGCUUCAAAGGAGAAGUUCAAGAAGUUCGAAUCGGAAUUGGCCACUCAAACUCAGAAUGGUGACAUGUCAUCAAUCAUGGCCGACUUGAACAAGGAGAACUUUGAGGUCGUCGUCGCUGAUUCCAAGACCGAGACACCAGCUGCAACCGAGACCACAACGACCACCUCGACUACCACCACUGCAUCCCCAGACACUGCCCCCACUGGUGAUAUCACCUCACUUGCACCAAAGAAGGAUGUUGUGGUCAAGGUCAGAGGAAAGCCAACCGCAAUGAGAAGCAAUGAGGGCUGGUUCAACCAUGACAGGGACCAUGCAACCAAGCCAACAUACUACUUCCAAGUUGAUUUGGGCUACUUCACCACACAGUCUGAUGGCGCCGGAACAUAUGUCUCCAAGGAUGUUGUCCCAGCUUCAUACACUCACACUGAUGGCACUGUCUCACGCUCAAUGAUGGACACUUUGUUCAUUGGCUCAUACUUUGGUGGUGCACGCCCCAAGACCAAGAAGAACAUGGUAGUCUCAAUCGUUGGUGACACGAUGAUUGGAAAGUCAACCUUUGUCGAGGCCAUCAACAAUGGAUCAAUGGGCAAGGUCAAGUUGCAGGAGCAGACCACACCCUACAAUGCAGUGUCCCUCUCCAACAUUGCAGCAUAUGGUGUGUGCUUUGAUGUCACCAACAUGAAUAGUUUAUCGAGGGUGCAAUCCUAUGUGAACCGCAUCAAGAGCAUCGACCCAAAGGCAAAGAUAUUCAUCGUUGCUCUCAAGACUGACCUGGCCGACCCAUCUGCAUUCCCCGAGGUGCCACCUGCCGUCACUGAAUGCUACAACGUUCACCACUUCUCACGUAUCGCCAGCAAGGAGGAGAUGAAAUCAUUGAUCUAUGGCAUCAAGUCCGAGGUUAUGAGAACUGCCUCCUGUUCAAUCAUGUAA